AUGGUCAAGAUCGAUGAAGAUUUUCUCAACGAGGCCAUCAAGAAAGGCCUCGACACGAUCCAGAAAGGCGAGCACCUGGACAUCGAAGACCCGAACGACAUUGGCAAGUUUAUCUUCGGAAUUCUUGCAUCAGGUCUUGAGCUCAUUCCCGGAUAUGGCGACGCCCUAGCCGCUAUUCUCAACCUCUUUUCUUCCCUCAUCUUCCAGCCCAAGUCGGCCACAGACAUUUGGGAGAAGCUGUUCAAACGCAUUGAACAGAUGAUUGAUUCCAAGAUCGAACAGUAUCAUUUGGAGACUCUCAAAGAAAAAUUGACAGGCCUUGACGCCGCCAUUAGUGAUUUCUCUACCCUGGUCAAAAAGCAUGAUGAGGGCAAAGACGUGACCACUUUGCUUCUCGGGUGCUUUGCAUCCCUGCAUCAGACGAUGGUUAUUUCCAUGAGCGAGUUCACAUCUCCCAAAUACGGUGUGGCGUCGCUGCCAUGGUUCGCUCUCGCAGCGACAAUGCACCUCAAGCUAUUGGGCGACGGCAUCCAACAUGGUCGAAAAUGGGGCUUCUCUGCUGAUGAAGUCGAGUUUCUUCAGGAGACUUUUGAUAAGCUCACGACAGAAACUGCGGCAGUCUCACAUGCGGAAAUCGCGUCGCGUCACAAGCUAUUUCUAGAGAAUCUCAUGCUAGACGACUCCAAAAUGAGCUCUGUCCCUGCAGAGACCCUAGAAAAAUGGAAAGCUGUGCACUCGUACCUUUCUGCGAUGGACGAUGCGACUCAUGCAAUUCCUGCCAUUGAUACCUCAAGCUAUGUAACAUACGCCAAGGCGACCUACCAGGCAGGACGUGACAAUGUUAAACCCGAAUGGCAGGGACUAUCAGGCGAUGACAUUGGAGCUAAAGAUGGCGCCAUCUUCAGGGCCAAGAUGCAGUACGAUGCGAAUAUGACUAUUCACGUCCUCAAUUACGCCGACUUUUGGCCUUACCUGGCAGGCAAGCCUCUUACGGAGGAAGCACUGGUAAAUUUAGACCGCGAGAUCUUUGCGUCUCGCGGCCGCUAUGACAUUUGGGUAAAUGGUAACCCCUGUUUACGUAGGAGGCUGCAGAUGAAGUACGGUGAUACCUGGGGAACGGCGUAUGGCUCUGCCACGGUAGAUCCAGCCAGUACAACAAACUUGGACAUCAAAGCAGGAGAUUAUCUCUAUUGGCUUGAUGUUUGGUUCGGCCAGAAGCUGGGAUGUGCCCAGUUUUGGUUGAACACUGGGAACAAACUCCGAGAGGUGGGAAGGAGUGGGAGUACUAUGGGGGACUUACGGUUCGCCGAUCACCAGGUCACGAGUGUUUACGGGAUCAACUACGAAAGCCAUCCCCCUUCCGGUUUGGAGGGCAUCAUUGUCUACGUUGCUCAGCUGAACAUCGAUGUCGAGACUGUCCAUGAGAACUGGAAUACCAAGUUGCCAAGAACUUGA